AUGCAGCCCCCUCGCCUCCUCCUCUUCCUCUCUCUCCUCCUCCCUGGCAUGUGGGCAGACCCAGAGGCAGAGCCGCAGGUUUGGCAGCUGCUCCAGACCAGUGUCUUCACCAACAUCAGCUCUGCCGAGGUGUCUGGGGUGGCUUUCCUGGGGGACAUACCCAUCUUUGCGCUAGAUCCCGCCAACUGGAGCAUCCACAUCCACUGGCCCUGGGCCGCCCAGGCCACAGACGAGGGUGAUGCGGGAAAGGUGAAGUCCUACUCCAAACAUUAUCUGCGCAGUAUGGUCCGAUAUGUUCACGACAUGGUCCGGCAGGCGAAAAUGAACUACCCGUUGGUGGUCCAGAUCCGUGCGGGCUGUGUGCUGUACCCCAAUAUGACAAGCUGGGGCUUCAUGGAUGUCGGGGAGGGCGGCAGAGACCUCACAGUUCUCAAGAUAGACAGGCAGUGCUGGGAGCCCCAGCAGCUGCCACUGCUAGCAGAGAUGGUCAGCAAGUCCCUCACCAGCAAGAAGAGCACCAUGGGGUUACUGGACCACCUCCUCACCAUCUCCUGCCAGAGCUACGUCCUUGCCCUAUGCAGAUACGGGAAGGCAACUCUGGAGAGACAAG